GGCUGAGUUUUAUUGGAUACUUAUUUUGUUUUCGUUUAAUUGUUUUGGAUUUGCGCAGUAGAAAGCUAAGAAAAUGAAAGCAACUCGAUUAUGAAUUGGUAUAUUAUUAGCGUGCAAUGAAGGACUAACAAAAAACCAGCCAAUACUCAAAGAGCACAAAAGAUUCAUUCAAUGCAGUUCCAGCUUCUCGAACAAAAACAUUUCAAAACACAGCUGCUACGAGUUCGCUUUGGUUGUGCAACGCUGGAGGCAGGGCAAUGGUGGUGACUAACCAUGAACAAACAUACGUGCGUGCGUGUGUUUUCGACGAUUAGUUGACUUACUCGGUGCUGGGUCGCGUUCGUGAGAUUAAAAGUAGACGCAAAACGUUUGUGGCAGCAAAAGUAGCAGACAGUUCGGUUUAGUUAAACGGAGACAGACUUUCGAUUUUUGCCUGCUUUUUUUUAGAAACUUUUUCACUUCUCAAAAAUUUGCAAAUUCUGAAGCAUUUCUUAUAUUUCUAUUUGAUCAAUUGAAAACGCGAUUUGUUAAAAUGUAUUUUAUAAAGAAUUUACGCCAAUUUUAUAUGUGAAAUUAUAAAAGCCAAAGAAAAACUACGUAGAAGAAUUGAAAGAAUCCCCACUUAAUUUCAUCACAAUAUUUAAGCUAUAAUCCGGGUAAAAUUUUGAUUAAAAACUCGAGGCAGUAUGUCAUUGGCCAGCGCUGCAGGCAUUUUAUUAAAACCACAGACUCCAUUGCAACAACUGCUAGAGGAUAUCAAUUUCCAGCGUACCAAGGAAAUGCGACAAUUGCUCAAGGACGAUAACGGAUUCGUGGUGCUCCAAGGCACAACGUAUUGGACUGAUUUGUUUGUACGGCAUUUCCUUUUUCAAACCGAGCCGGUACACAGCAUCGAUUCAGAUGAUUUACUUUUCUUCGUUCGGAAAAAACACGUGAAAAGUUCUUCCCGACAUAUGCCAAAAUAUGAGACAGAAGUUGAUGUCUUUCGUAAGGACUCUCGAAAGCUUCCAAUUGGUGAUCCGGACGUCGAUUGGGAGGAGACUGUAUAUCUAAAUAUGGUCAUACACCAAUUCGAUUACACACUAACGUUAGCUAUUUGUACGCGCACAUCGCCAAAGGAAUUGCAAGUGUUGAGACGUCACUCACAACGCGUCUACGCAAGUCCAAGUCGACGGAAAAUGGACACGAAGGGCGAAGGCGAGGAGAUAACAUACCCGCAUAUUUGCUUUAUGGUCGAUAAUUUCGAUGAGGUAUUUAGCGAUAUAUUAGUGAGGGACGGUGAAAUGGUAUGUGUGGAAUUGGUGGCCAACGAUAAAGACGGUUCGGUGCAGGGUGUAAUUUUCCUGGGCUCAAUACGCUAUGAUGCGCUCAAAAAAGUUUAUGAUGCAAGGCAAUCCAGUCUCAGCUCAAAAGUAGCACAACGGAUGUCCUUCGGUCUAUUUAGUAGCGGCGCGGGUGUUCAAACGCGUUGUGAAUUUGUGCGUAUGAAAGGUCCACAGGGCAAGGGCCAUGCUGAAAUGGCUGUUACAAAGCCAAAGGGUUCAGGCGUAGAAACACCAACCAGUGAACCAGGCUUUUGUGCCACAGACAUGUGGGACGAGUGGGAGGAGGAAAAUGACGACUAUUGCACAUAUCGUCAUCAGCGUCGUCUAAGUGAUCCCAGCGCUAAUUUAAAUAAUUUCUCACGGUACGCUUGGCGUACGAAAGGCGCGCCCGAUGCGGUCGGUGGCACGGCGGGCGCCAAGGCGCGCUCUGAAAACGAAGGGCUCGAUUCGUUGGCAAAUGAGGUGUCGGAAAUUGAAGCUGGCGAUUUGCGUGAUGAUCUACGUCCUGCUUUCUCGGCAUCCGAGGCAAAACUUCAUCUUAAUCCGAACUGUGAAGCAGCUAACGCGGCUGUCGUUAAGCUUCCGAUUUCACCUGAAAAUGAAGUGGAACUCAGCGCUCAGCAGCAAAUCACCAAUGUUAUAGAGGAUAGUGGGCCCGUCGCUGAAGCUGUGGAAGCCACUGCGGCGACGAUCACCUCUCCAACCUCAAACACGAGCACUACGGGCUGCAGCAACUGCUUCGGUGGCAAAAAGUGCAGACGUUGGGUUGGUUCCUCGAGCGAUAAGGGCACUCCUGAAAUGUCUGAGGUAUAUUGCCCGACGUGCGAUGAUUCAGCCAAUGAGACACCAGCUUGUCUCAACAACAUGCCCGACAAAAAGUCCAAGCCAAAGCAUAGAACCAUACUUAGUGUGGAAAGCGAGCUGAUUGUGAGCAAGAGAGGAAGUCUGCGGUUGACUGCCAGUGGAAGCGGAGAGAGGAAAGGUGUAGUACGUAGCGCCUCACUUAGUGCAGCUGAUCGCAAAGCAAAACGCACAGCUAGUCCAGCCGACAAGAAGGAGAAGGAUAAGGAUAAGAACAAGGCUAAAACUAAAGAGAAGGAUAAGGAUAAAAGCAAAGCUACGAAUUUACUCGCCAAGGUUUCACCCAAACGUAUCAGGUCCAAAACAAGCACAGCCGCUUUAACAAAAACCAAAAACAAUAAUACCCCGAAGGACACAAAGGACUCUAAGUCGCCCAAGGAAAGUAAUAGUAAUAACAACAGAGUAGAAGAUCAAGAAACUACAUCACUAAAAGCCGAAGAAUAUGAAAUUGCCGAUGAUGCGACUUCAUUGAAUGGCACUUCGAUAGAACCGACAGAAGCCAAAAUGGCCAUACUAAGCGAAAGCGAUACAAAGCUGAUGAUAAAUGUGCGCGGCCGUGAGGAACUGCCCGUUGUAGAGCAGCACACGCCACCAAAUACAGCCGAGCUGGUCACUACCAGUACUGAUGACAGUAAUACUGUCACCUGCAGCAUGAGCAACAGCAAAAGCAAUCUAUACAAUUUCGAAAAGUGUGUACGUGUACCUGUAAAAUCAGAAUGCCAUCCAUUGCAGCAGCAGCAGCAGCAGACGAACCAAGAAGCGCCCAAUGCAGUUGCUGCUGAAUCUUAUGAUAAUAAGCGAGACAAUAGUGCGUCGACGACAGCGACAACCACAACCAAAACAACCAGAAUCACAGCACUUCAAAUUGAAGCGCAAAGCGAAUCCGUGCCAGUCAGCGACUGUAAUGGCAACUGCCACAUGAUAUCGCCGCCACCUACAUCGAGCGCACAACGUUCGCCGAUUUCUCCGCCACCCGCGAUGUCGGCUGCGAGCAGUGUCGAAAACGGCAGUGUAAGUGAUGGUGGCGGCGGCGGUGGAGCUGCUAGUGGCAGCGAAAACGGCCAUUCCAAUGCAACGUUGCCACGCGCAAAGCGUAACGCCGCACAGCACGCUUUCUAUCACCGCGCUAUGAGCUUGGUGCCGAAGCGAAGGACGCCUGACGGCACGAAUAUUUAUUAUUGGUGUGAUUUGCCACGCAAAUCGCUGAAAGAACUGGACGAUGGUGCAUACAAUCCGCUCUGGGCAAGUCGUGGCUUCACUCAAACAUUUCACUUUUGGAAGGAAAAUCGACGCCAACAGUCCACGCCGCUCAAUGCAUUCCUUACCUAUGUGACACUGCCCUGGUGGAGCAUUGCUAAAGAUCUGCUGGAUCAUCGUGAAACGCCUAUAUUAACAUUUUAGUAUUAAAUUUAAUUAUUUUAUUUCGUUUACUUUCAUUUGUUUUUUUAUUUUUAUGUUCAUUCUUAGGUUUCCUUUUUAUUGUAUUAAUUUAUACAAAUGUACACUCCAUUUUAAGUCUUUCUACUUGUAAUUUUAUCCAGUUUACUUAAUUACCAGCGAAUUUUUAAUUAAUAGCGCUAAAAUAUCGUGAAAUAUUGUGAUCUUUUAUUUGUAUUAUAGUAUAGUAGUUUUUAAUUUUUUGUACGCGUUUGACUAUAAAUUCAAUCAAAUGUGUUUUUAUUUGUAUUUUAAAAACAUUAAAAAACAUUUAUUUCAUUUAUUUUAUUAAUAUCGGGUGUUUUUUUCGCUACAUGAGAACUAUCUGUAUCGAUAACUAUAGCAAACUGUAUGAGAACUAUCGAUAUCAGCUGAGAAUGGCAAUCUGUGUUGUCAUUUCUGUUCAUGCAGUUUGCCAAAUCAUCAUAAAUCGUUUAACGCCAGAACAACGCUUCCAAACGUAAUCAUCCCCCAUACAUAUAUGAGGAUGGUGCGGAAGUGACAUUGCUUGGUCGGAUAUAAAUCCAGGUCGUUCCGGUUACUUAAAGCAGACUCUCGUGGGAACGGCAUCCUCAGUUCUUAUUUCUUUUGAAAUGAGGAAGGGGCUGCUGUUACGGUGAAUGGCGAACGAACUUUUGUUUCAUGAACUAAACAUGACGGUGCAACUUGCCACAUACGAGGUGUGUUCAAAAAAUAAGGUGAAUUUUCAUUUUUCUCAAAAAAAUAUGUAUUUAUUCAUCAAUUUCUAUUUUAUCUCCCUCAAAGUAGUGCCCCUUAGACAUACUUGUGCCAGCGUUGUUUCCAAUCCUCGAAUUAGUUCUGAUAGGCACUUUUUGGUAUGUCCUUGAGCUCUCUCAGGGAUUCGGUUUUUAUCUCAAUUGUCUCAAUUUUGGGAACAGGAAAUAGUGGAAAUAGAAAUAGGGCGUCAAAUUUGGUGAAUACGGUGGCUGAGGCAUGAUAACGGAGUUAUUUUUGGCCAAAUAAUCUCUCACAAGCAAAGAUAAGUGACCAGGUGGAUUAUGAUGAUGUAAAAGCCAUGCAUUUUUUUCACAAUUCCGGUCGUUUUUUCGUAUUUCUUCACACAAACGGCGCAUAACUUCAAGGUAAUAUAAUACUCCUUAUUUACCGUACGACCUUGUGGUAAGAACUCCUAAUGCACUACCCCAUAGUAAUCGAAGAAAACACUGAGCAAAACCUUGGCAUUCGAUCGAACUUGGCGCGCUUUUUUUUUUGGUCUUGGCUCUCCUGGACUCUUCCAUUGGGACGAUUGGGCUUUGGUUUCGAGUUCAUAACCAUAUACCCAUGAUUCGUCA